AUGCAUGCAGUUGCUUCCUUUCCAGCGCGGGAGGCAGCAGAAGAGCCGCGCGCUGCUGCUGAGGGCCCCUGCGACGAAGCUGCUGAACUAGACGAUCCGCUGAUCUCCGCCAUCCUCCACUCCCUAGCAGCAUUUGGCCUCGGAGUGGCGCAGCUAUCAGCUGCAGCGGGCCCUCCAAGGCCCCAGCAGCAGCAGCAGCAGCCGCAGCAGCAGCAGCAGCAGCAGCAGCAGCAGCAGCGGCGGCAGCAGGGUCCAGAAAGUGGAGUCGGAAGUGUCCUCUUGUUCCAGGACUUCUGCCGCGCUCAACUUCACUCGUUGCUGCUGCAGCUUUUGGUUCCCAGCGAGGCCCCCAGACUCAAUGAAGGAGCCUUUUGCAACUGCCCCUACCACGUGCCCGCUGUGCAGGAGAGCCGGCGGCAGUCUCACGGCGAGCGGCAGCUGUGGGGCCCCUCCCAUUUUUGUUUAUUUAUUUUAUUUCGAGUUUUUCAUUUUUGCUGCCGCCUGCGCAGCAGCAGCGUGCUGUACUCAGCCUUCCUGCUGCUGGUGUGCACCUGCAGCAGCAGCAGCAGAAGCAGCAGCAGCAGCGGCGUAGGCAGCAGCAGCCCCGCAGCAGCAGCAGCAGCAGCAGCAGAACAAGACCCGCUGCUGCACUUCCUGGCUUCUCUUUGGAAGCUCUGUGACGAAGCAGAUUUCAUUCUUAAAACUCUAAACCCUUUGGAGUCUCGUCACUGGCAAGCAGCAGUACUUAAGGACCCAAACGCUGACCCUUCCCCCCUGGGGGGCCCCCCAGGGGGCCCCCCGGGGGGCUUUCCAUUCGACGCAGCAGAGGGGCCCCCCGGGGGCCCCCCAGCAGCAGAAACGUACCCACUUGACCCUCCAGACGAGCCCACUCCAAUAGCUGGCAUGGCUUUCCCCAAUGGCUGCGGCCUGCCGUACGUCUGGGGGCCCCCUGGGGGCCCCCAGGGGGGCCCCCCCGGGGGGCCCCAGGGGGGGCCCCCCGGGGGUCCCCCCAAAGGGGGCUCGCCUGCUUGUUUGCUCCCAAGGGGCAGCCGGAAGAGCAGCUCUUCUCUGCGUCGGCUUUUAAGUGUUAAUUCUUUGUCUCGAGCAAAUUCAAGAGGAGGGAGAGAUAGGAGAGACUUGCCUUGGGGUGCAUGCGCUGCUGCUGCAGCAGGACAAACAGCAGCAGCAGCAGCAGCAGCGGGCUGCCACUCCUGCUUGCUGCUGGCCAUCUCCAGGUGCCAGUGCGUCGCCUACGUUAGGGGGGUCCUCGCGGGGCUGCUGCCUGUGCUGCUGUGGUCUUACUUGACCCGCAUUUUGCUGCCGCUGCAGCAGCAGCCGCUGCUGCACCUGCUGCUUCCCGUCCUGGAGCUUGCUGCUAGCGACAGCAGCGCCGCCACAGACAGCCAGCAACCAGCUGCAGCAGCAGCAGCAACAGCAGACGCAGCAGCAGCGCAAGCAAAGGAUGGGCCCUGCCCUGCUUCCUUUUACCCUUCGCUGCGGCAGCGGCUGCUGCUGCAGCAAGGGGGGCCCCACUACAGCUGCUGCGAGUCUCUGGGGCUCGAGGGUUUGCUGCUGCUGCUGGCGGGCAGGCAAUUUGCUGCUGCAGUUCUUGUCAGCUUUUGCUGGGGGCAGCAGCUGCAGCAAGUUGCUGCAGAAGCAGCAGCAGCGCAGCCGCCGGGCGCAGCAGCUGUCCAGAAAUGGGACGACCCACAACCGACGCACGCGUCUCCUGCAGCAGCAGCAGCAGCUGCUGCUGCUGCUCCUCCAGCAACUCCUGCUGCAGCAGCAGGCUGCUGGGCGCAGUGCGCUCUGUGGGCGCAGCAGCAGCUGCUCCUGUGCCCCGACAGCCACAUGGCUCUAAUUGCUGCUGCAUUUGCUGAGGCUGUGGCGAACCCUCUCGGUUUUGCUGCUGUGUCUCUCGAGGCGCUGGUGCCGCAGCCCGUCGUGCAGCCAGAGCUGCAAGAGCAGCAGCAGCAGCAGCAGCAAAAGCAGCAAGGCGGGCAGGCUCUCGAGAUCGAUGCCCUGGCUGCCCGGCUCGUGGACUCAGCGCUGAUGCAGGACCCGUGGCACUGCAGCAGCAGCAGCAGCAGCAGCAAGAACAGCAGCAGCAGCGAGAAGCAGCAGAGCGAGAUGGAGGGUAAAGCUCAAGAGGGCCCCCAGCUCCCCUCGCUUUCUGCCCCAGGAGGAGCAGCAGCAGCAGCUGCUGCUGCUCCUGCCAGCAGUUUGCUUUCUAUGGAGGAGCUGCUGCAGCUGGAAGUGGACCCGUGCCAAACUGGCCGCGCGUACUUUCCUGUGGGCGAGGCGCUGCUGCUGCAGCUGUGCAAGACAGUAGGGGCUUUGCUGCACUUGCACAGUAGCAGCAGCAGCAGCAGCAGAACUCCCUGCUGUGCCAUUCCCCUAGGUGGCGUUGCUGCUGCUACGAGUGCAGAAGCAGACACGCAACAGCAGUGGCAAUCGGAGUUGCUGCUGGCGCAGCAGCACGACGGCCUAGUGCAGCAGCAAAUACAGACCUUGCUACAGCAAGCAGCAGCAGCAGCAGCAGCAGCAGCACGCAGCAGCACUGGCAACAGCACUGUCCAGCAGCAAGCUGAACGGUCCAGCUCCAACGGCUGCGUCGCUGCAGCGGUUGUCCCUGCUGCUGCGCUGCAGCAUCAGUUGCUGCUGCUGCUGCUGCUGCACCAGGUGCAUCACUUCGGCUGCAAUUGCUGCUGCUGCAGCACAGAAACCACGGGGUGUAUCCGCACUUCUCAAUUACUCUACCGCACAGCAGCAGCAUACAGGUCAACGCAGCCUCAUGCAGGGGGCCUCCAGGACCCCUUGGGGGCCCCCCCGGGGGCCCCUCUGGGGCCCCCUCUGGGGGCCCCUCUGGGGGCCCCUUUUGGGGCCCCCAAGUACCCUUUGUGGAACUUGAUGAAGCAACAAACAGUAAGCGCGCGGCUACGCUCAGCAGCAAAAAGCUGCAUGCAUAGGGCUGAAAGAGAGUGGCUGCCGCGCAGCUACUGGGCUUUUGUUGCUCUGGCAACCCUCAAGUAA